AUGCCUCAAGCGCAACCUGAGCUGAAGAAGUACAUGGAAAAGCGCUUGUUCAUCCAGAUUAAUGGGAAUCGGAAAGUCAUUGGCGUCCUUCGUGGUUAUGAUGUUUGUCAUUACCCUUCCUCCACUUGCAGCGAGCUAUAUUCCAUGCCUCUGACUCCGAUUCAGGUGUUCAUGAACAUAGUGUUGGAUGAAGCAGUUGAGGAAAAAGCUGGUGGGGAAAAAGUGCGUUUGGGAAUGGUGGUAAGGCUUAAUUUGAAACGGAUCUUGUAUGAUUGA